AUGGCAGCUUGCUUCUUCAAAGCGUGUAAGCCUAGAAGUUUGAACAAGCAGCCUUCCCAAGAUGUACCGAACAUCUCAACUGAUGUCAACACCAGUGGCAAUUUUGCCUGUGAUUUCCCGGAUGGUGACAGUUCCUUUGAAGGCUGCUCUGCAGCUCUCUUGACGGGCUCCCACGUUACCUGUCGCCGAAGUCCCAGACUCGUCUCCAAUGGCUACUAUGUUUGGACAGAGGACCCUUUCCUCUGUGACAAAGAUGGCAACAUAACUCUGAGCCCACCCCAGGCCAGUGUUCUUUACAAGGAGAAUUUAGUUAGGAUAUUUAGAAAGAAAAAGAGAAUCCGCCCUUCCUUUUCUAAUCUCUUCAGCCUUGGUGCCUCUAAAUCCUGGCAGCAUGGAAAUAUCUUUGGUGAUGUUGACUCUUCCCUAAGUGAGGACACCUGGUUGGAGGGGGUCGGGAGGCUGGACACGCACCAUUGCAACGCUAUCGGCGACGAUCGCGAUGGUUCUGCGACUGAUGCACGCGAGGCAGAGCAGCGGAAGGCAGCCUCCUCCUCCAGCCACGCAGCGUCUCGGACUCCGCCAGAGAACUCCCACGACCUGGCCCUUCAGUCUCAAGGGACAACUUCUGAACAUUUCCCGGAGAACCUUCUGGAUCACGCAACUGUGUAUUUGCCAUGUAAGAGGAAAAAGGAAGAAAAGAAGGAAACACACAGUCCUUUAAUGCAAUGCCUCUGGCAAGGAAAAGUCAAAAGAUAUAAAGGCAUUGGUAUUUCCUGUCCGGAGCAAAUCCGAAAUAAAUUCAGCCAGCAACGUCUUCAACCUCCAGGUCGCCAACGUCGGAUUAGUCACGUUUGCCCACAGGGUUGCAUCAAGGCCGUGUCCUCGGCUUGUCAAGGUUCAAAGCCCACCACCUGCUCCGGGGACCCCACCCCGUUUUCCGGGGAGGAGCUCGUUAAAGCGACCCUUUUUUGUGUGUUCCUCUGGCUUUCACGGCCCCCCUCUUUCGUGCCCGUUCCCUCCGCUGUGGUGGCAUGUGAAUUUCUGCGUCUUGUCCAGCAGGCUGGGAGCUCCUUGAUGCCAACCUGCCCACGGAGCGCCUGGCACAGAGCAGGUGCUCCGAAACUGGCGGACCAAUCAGUGGAUGGAAACCCAUCUCAAGAUGGAUUAAUCAAAACCAGUUUGUGGAGAGACAUCUUCUUUCAAGCAUUUCUACUGGCCGCGUGCUUAAUCAUUUGUGCAUGUGCAAGGUGCUUUCUGGGAGGGAUAUUUGCCAGUGUCGUCACGUGCCCAUUGGUGAUAACUACUGCCUAUACCGUCACGUCGUUGUUUCUCAGCCUUGCCGACUAUUUCGAAGCCACCGCCUGUGCUCAGGACCGGACCAACCAACGAGGUCUACACAAAAGACUUCCAGCCACAGAGCCACUUCGUAACUCAACGUCCAACUGUCACUGCUUGGCAGAUGGUUUGCCAAAAUUUGCCAACCAUGUAGGACGGUCUCUGACGAAUGACUUCAAUCUGAAUAUCCAGAAAUUGUCUGAUUUGCAGUCUGCUUGGAAUCAACUGCUUUAUUGGAAGGGAGUGAGCAACUACUUAUUGAGAAAAAACCAUUUUAAUUUGGUUAUGUGUCUUUUUUUUUUUAAUCUCAUUUUUGCUUUCCUAAAUUGUAAUCUGCUCAGGAAGAUAAUAUCAAUUCGUCUUUACUUUGCCAACGCUAGCAGUUGAAAGGAAACUGGCUGGGAAAUGUGAUAGAGAACUAACCACGUGGGUAGAUGGUCCCCUCUUAUUCCCUGAGGCAUUGUUUUCAUACAUGAAUUUUCAUCUAGAGAAUUCCAUGAGGCGCUUUUAACAAUGCAAAUUCCUGGGCCUGCCUACAAACCCCUAUCCCUUGUUGAACUGUUUAAUUAAUGCCAACUUGAAAGUAAAUAUGGGGCGCCUGGGUGGCUCAGUCAUUUAGCAUCCGACUUCAGCUCAGGUCAUGAUCUCACGGUUCAUGAGUUCGAGCCCCGUGUCGGGCUCCGUGCUCACAACUCAGAGCCUGG